GGCGGCCGGUGCGUUUUCACUCGAUACACUAUUUCUGUCUGUAGGGAAGCAACAAGAUAUUCCUAAUGCACAUAAUUUUAUACCAAUUUCCCUGUGGACAAUGAGAAAAGUGCGUAAAAAGAAGACAAUAACCAUAAGUCUGCGCUGACCACCGUGCUGUGCUAGUGUUGAUAAAGUUUGUGUGUUUUCCCAUCUGCGGCGCAAAUCUCACAAAAAUGGCAUUAGUGAUGCUCCCAUGUGACCUCCCCUGGUGGACGACUGUGCAAAGGCACUUAAAACAUCUCCUGUUGGCCUCGUCAUCUUCGAAACUAACUGCAAAUAUGUUAAAAAUACACGACAUGUGCAACAUAGGCAUAGAUCCCGAUGACGACACAAGGGAUCCGGAUUUAAUGAAGGGCUUAGAGAAAUUUCUAGAAGAAGAAAUGACAGAGGCCGAAAGAAUCCACUUUCUAGACAACACUAUCAGGAUAAUGGUGAACCGAGCACUCCAUUUAAAGAGAUGGCGACCACCGAAAGGACUGAUGUUCAGUUUGCAGCAACAAGGUGACGCCACGGAACUUGAUCAUAAUUUUGUGUCAUCGCUCAUUGCUCACGCUUUCUUCUCUACUUUCCCCAAGAGAACGCUCAAGACCCAUCCAACGCUGCAAGACUUCAACUUCACACAUUUUUUUAAGAAUUUACAUAGGAAAUCACAAAGGAAUAAAUUAAAAAGCUUACUUCAUUACUAUGAAUGGUUAGAUAAGCACAAUAAUGACGGGAACAUUAAAAUAAGCCGCCAGGUUAUGACGUCAAAGCAAUGGCUGACAAUAGAAGACUGGUUGGAGUGCACGCUACCUCUUUGCAAAUUGCUGGUGAGGCACGAAGGCCGGCCAGAGCGCUGUGAGAAUGAAGACGCUCUGAGAGUAUGCUUCGCGUCAAGCAGAGUUGGCGGGGAUGUACUUAUAGACGGAGAAUCUCAGGAAUCGCUCUCGAUGUUUAUGAUGCCAGAACUACUCCCGGUUAUGUUAUCUGUGGAAGCUCUGGAAGACAAUGAAGUUCUGAAGGUGGAAGGAGUGAGGACAUUCAGCAGGAUUUGCGAGAAAAAACAAAAAACUAAAAUAGAAUUACUCGACGAGCCUAAAACUGUCACAGUAUGUCUAAUGGACGCAGAAGAUUACAGCAAAUUGCCCCUUGGCCAAUGGGAAGAAGAUAAUGUCUUGAGAGAACUGAAUAAAUGUCUGCUGGCGUUUCAACAGACGCCUAUGAAGAGCAGAGACCACCCGCGGCAUGAAAGAAGGCUUUCUCCAAUAGGAGAGUCAUUCAGUCACACACCACCAGAGGUAGAGGCGACGGUGGUGAUCAAACAGGCGUCGUCUUGCAGCACUAUCAACAGCUACAACAGCAGAAGCCCUUCUCCGGAAAACUACUGCGCUGCCACGCUGAAUCUUAACGACCCAAGUGUUGAGAUAUCAAAAAGAAAAUGUUGGCUGUCGCCAGACGGAGCUACCCUGAACAAUCGUCGAGGCAGAUUUAUUGUGCUAGGAUCUUCAGGCGAGUGCCUCCCUGUCACAAGAGGGCCAGGUCACCACAACCUGGACACGCAAGAAGAUAGUUUAUACUCCAGUUGUAAUUCUAGUGAUGACGAAUUUCAUAGUGCAAAUGACAGUUUUGAUUACGGUGGCAGUGAAGACGAAGGCAGAGGCGAAAGUGCCCGUCCAAAUUCAUUCCAAUAUACCAAAGAACUCUCCACGGAGGAACGCCGGAUUAGUUUCGCUGAUAGACUGCGGGAAGCCUUAAGGAGAGAAGCCGAGAACUCUUGUACUACCAGUACUACAGGAGACUGGUCUACGGACAGCUCUAGCUACGCUGUUGGCGUUAGCAUAUCGGGAGCAGAAAUCAAUGAUAAUGAUAUUAGGGUAAAACGUGGUGGCUCUGUAGGUUUUGUACUGACAGAAAAGGAGACAAUAAGCAAUGGGAAUCCGUCGCCAACUAGACGCAGACCAUUAGGUAGAAAAGAAACUGGAACUAGUUCCAAGUACAGUUUCAGCACAGAAUACACGUCUGAAUUAGAAGAAGUUUACGAACAAUUCAACAACUGGCUCAACGACCCGAUAGUGGACGCGGAAUCAGGAGAGCACAAGGCGCGGGAGUUAGACUCCCGAGAUUUGGCUGUGAUUAGAUUCGCUGGUUCUCUCCUGAAGCGUACAUUAAGCGAGUCGAUGGCCAGUGGCGCGAGUGGAGUGGGGUCUGAAGGUGCUGCCGAAGCGGCCGAGCUGUACGGCCGCGACGCCAGGGACCGCACCGCGCCGAGACGACUGGCUUUAGCUGCGAGAUCCCUCUCGUUGGAACUGGCCAGACAUCGACAUAGGCUUGCUGCUCAAUUGAAACGUAAAAUAAAAGAUUCUAUACCAGAGGAGAUAUUAGAAAAUACAAGAGUGAAAAAGGAAGAUAAGAUUCAAGCGAAGAACAUAGGGCUCCCGGGGUCGUUCAGUAGCUCCACGGACACCGGCUCCACGCAAAUAUCUAACCCGGUGGCUAGGAAGAAAAAACUCAAUUGGAUGAUCAACAUGAUUGUACAGACUAUUGAAGAAACGGUUGAAUGCGAACCAGUCACUAUUAAACUUAAGAAACCUAAGCUGAACCAAUUGGCCCACAAGAUCGUGUCAGGCGGGUCGUGCAAGCCUGUGGCAACGGGCAACUGGGGAUGCGGGGGUAGACAGCGGGGACAUCCGCAGCUGAAGCUGCUGUUGCAGUGGCUCGCGGCAAGCGUGGCCGGGGUGCCAGCCUUGAUAUACUACACUUUCGGCAAUGAAAAGCUGUUCAAGCUGGAUACUUUAGUUCGCGUGAUAGUAGACCGAAAAUGGACGGUUGGACAACUAGCGCGGGCGGUGCUAAAGUUUGCGCGCCAAACGCUCCACGAGCCACACGUCAUUCCGGACAACCACUCGCUUUUCGACGAACUCAUCGGCAUCGAGAAGUUUCCAGACGACACAUAGCAAAGACAAAUGAAAGUUUACAACGGGAACUUUUGAAUUUCGAAUACUUAUUCUUUGUUUAAUACAAAGGUCUGAUUUUUCCUUUUUUACGAAUGCCAUGAGUUAGAUAGAUUAGCGAUUCGAGAAUUGAACAGCACUUAAUAAUAGCUACACCUGUCUGUGGAUUGUUGACGACACCAAAAUGUGACACAAGAAUACUUAAAACCAGAGGGUUAAAAACAAAAUAUGUCUUUAUUAUUAUUAAUUGUUUAAUAGAGUGAAAUAAGUGCACGCAAUGUAUGAUUAUUGUAUUCUAUAUUGGUAACGUAUAAGUCAAAAUGUAUACAAGUGAAAUUGUGUACCUACUUAGUAGGGCAGUGCUACAUAAUACACAAAAAUAUAAAAAUAAUAUAAAGUGAAAUUUUCACUGCAUCAAACACAAUGGAAGCGAGCUUUCUGAUACAAUCCACAGAAAAGAUCAGGGCAAUCAUCUGUUAAAUCCUGCGUAGACGAAGGACGACUUUGUCCUUUAACAAUACGUUCAGAGUCACUUUAAUACAGAAAAGCAGUUUUUCUCAAUGCCUCUUCUACCCUGGUCUUAAUACAUGAUUGUUAUUUAUCCUCAUGCUAUUUCACUUAGCAGCUUUUUAAAACCUUUAUUACUUUUUGUUACACAAAUUGUCACUGA